GACCGGCCUCUCAAACCGCUCUGUGUUGCUCAACGCAGAUUAGUCAGGCGGAGCUUGACAAAGUUUGACAACAACCAGUUUCUCUGUCACUGCGUGUCUGCAUGGGAAUCUGAGGCUAUUUGAAUUUUUACUGAAGAUGAGGAAUCAAGGUGAAAUAUUCUUUUAAGUCUCACUGAACAUCAUCAUCUCCAUAGUUCGGUUGGCAGCAGAAAGCGGAUUUAAUGUUGUCAGACGAAGCUCAACACUCAUCUGAGGAUGAGCACAUUGUGCGUGGCUCAGAGAUCGGCAAAAUCAAGAACAAACUAACCGUUCACAGCAGGCUCCAACCAUCAUGCCGCAGUAACACUAGUAAGGAAGAAGAAAAUGGAGAACACUCAUCCAGCAAUAGCAACCAAUCAGAACGCAACACCAUCAAGGAGAACAAUCGCGUGUUUGAUUUUCUCAAAACAUUUCCUAGAGGAGCUGAAGUCACUUCAGGAGAGGACAGCCCACCGUUACACAUUAAACUGCUGUCUUGUAACGAUGACCUCUUAUGUGUCCCAAACAACAACUCCAAGGAUAACUUCGGGAAGCUAGGCGGCACGCUCCGCACUUCCCCAAAACCAGCAUCACGCUUUCCUGUGGAGACGGAUCCUCUCAGUGAACGCAGUGAGUUUAUGGACUGGAGUCAUGACGUGGCCCUUGAAAAGGUCGUGUCUUUCAGAGUGAAGAAAACACUGCCAACAACAUCCAAACUCUCUUCUAGCGCCCAGGGUUCAGAUGAGGAAGAUGCUAUUAGUGAGCCAAUGGAAAUGCAGCACUUACAAACCACUGGGGAGUGCACGUUUGAGGUCGUGUCCGUGGAGAUCGCUGCCUAUCCAACAGAUGAAAAGCCCAUAGAGAUGGACGAGGAUGAUGAUCUGAUUGACUGGUGGAAGACUGUUGACGGAUGGAGUGAAUGGAACGAAGCUGCACAUUUUCAGAAGGAUGAGCUAGCGGUCGAGGCGGCGGCGGACAGAGUAUUCAUGGCGGCUCGUCUCUUCGUCAGUCUGUUCAACCAGCGCGGAGCAUCCCUGCAACGUCGGGUUGUGGAGUUGCUCGCCCUGGCGGACUCCGCCGACAGCUUUCAUAAGAAGACUGUGAGCGCAGCCAUCGGUGGAGGGGUGGCUAGCGUGGCGGGGGGUAUAGCCACCAUUACCGGCCUCAUCUUGGCCCCCUUCACCUUCGGGACGUCCACCAUAGUGACGGCGGUGGGGAUCAGCGUGGCAACAGCUGGAAGCAUCACCUCAGCAACUGCUAACAUCACCGACGCGGUUCAAUCCAAGAUGGACCGCAAGAAGGUGGAGAAGAUGAUCCAGGACUACCAGAAUGAGAUCGGCGACAUCAAGGAUUGUCUGGAAUUUAUGCAGGAAGGAAUUAACACUUUACAGGAAUGGAACUUUAAGGAAUACUUUGAGAGUCUGGCCAACUCGAACCUCCAACGCAACAUAAAACAUGUGGUGAAGGAAGGUGGACGAGCAGGUAAAGCGCUCAUGAUAAACACAGAAAAGCUUAUCGGCACGGUGAAAGUUCUGGGCGUGGCUGGAGGGGCUGCUAAAGCUGCCAAGGCCAUCAGCGUCACCACCGGGGUCGUGUCUGCACUCUUCCUGGCCCUGGACGUCUUCUUUCUCGCCAAAGACUCCAACGAACUGCGCAAAGGCGCCAAGACCAAAUUUGCUUCCAAGAUCCGAGAAGUGUGCCGUGAACUUCAGCACGGCCUGUUGGAGCUGAACAAAGUAAAGAAUCAGCUUCAGAAGACCAUGGAUGGGAUUGAAGUGGAAGAAUAUGACAAGCAGGGUGAGGUAGAGGAGGAGGAUGACGAUCAGGAUCCCAUCAAACUGGCUCAGCUGGAGCAAGAACUCGAUCAGUUGGAGGAGAAACUUGACAGGAAGGUUUCGCAAAUUAACAAUAGCGAAAAAGGAGAGACGCCUAAAAAGAAAGGAGCCGAAGCGUCAUCAAGUAAAAGAAAACAAUAAAAAAGGUGUGUAAUAAAACAAUGUAGGUGUGAUCAAUAGCAUGAAUAUAAAAUUGACCAGACAGGCAUUUCACUGCAAGUUGUAUCAUGCGUAUACAGUAACUGUGUAUGUGACAAAUAAAUGAAAUGAAUAAUAUUGACUGACAUACCCUUGUAUCAAAUCGCAAGCGUAUCUUUUUUUUAGGGAUCUGCAAAUAUUGUUUACUGACUGAGAAUCAAUAUCAGCUUGUAUCGUGAUGUCCAAUUUACACUCCUACAGAUAACAAAAUAAACAGAGACUAAAGCCCUAUUCGCACGGGAUUAGUAUUACCUGGGGACCUCUGGUCAUUUGUAAUAUUUGCAGAGAUUGUCUGUGAUCAUGUAGCGCAUUCGCACGGGAUAAGUGAAGCCUGUGAUUUUACUCAAAUUUACUGACUUAUUUCCCGGAUGUGAUGGCAAGGCUUUGCAUAUAGUUUGAAUAGCCUAUUGUUGUAUGGUGUUUAAUGAUAUAUGACCAGUCAGCAUUUGAGACCCGCGAUCGCAGUGAUCUUCCGUCCGGUUCGCGAUCACGGGUCUCAAAUGCUGACAAUGUUAAAUCCCCAUUCACACAGCCCGCUGAUCCCGGAAAAUUGCCCAAAAAUUGCCAGAGUGCCUUCUGUGUGAACGCAAACGCAUCCCGGAUAGAUCCGAAAAAUGAUUCCGGAAAGGGGACCUAUAGGCUCAUUUUAACUUCGCAGGAUUCCGUUAUAUUUUUUUAUUAAGCUUGUGUAAAUUUGCACUGAACAAUACUGAACAAUUUCCAUUUAUAUGUUAUCAUAUGACAUUUUAUAUUUAGCUUAAUCUUGUGGGCUAUAGCCUACCUUGCGUUCUUGUGCCUCUUCGUUGUUCCGCAUUUACUAAUAAACAUAUAAAUACAAAAGUUUUUUUAAAAUUGACGUCUUUGUCAUUUGCAAAAGGCAAUAAUAUAUGCUACAGAAUAAUAUCCAAAAAAAAAGAGAUAUUAUUUAGGCCUAAUUAAUAAAGGAAGGCAGUAAUAAUAACAAACUGCGCUAUUUAGCCACCUAAAAACACAAGUAUCUUUCACCAUUAUCAACCCUCAUUUCACGACAAAAAAAUGCACAUUACAUAACUUUGCAGUAUAUUACGUCAUGUGUCUUUACGGAAUCUUCACGGAAUGUGUGUAAACGCACGCACAGAUUCCAGAAAAUCACUGGCAGUGUGAAUGAACAAAAUCUAACGAUCCCGGGACAAAUUUUCUGUGUAUUUUCUGGGAUCGCUAUGUAAAAAAUGCUUUUAGUGUUUCCAAGAUAAAUAAAUAAACGGGAGACUCCCGGUCAGAACAACAGUUUUGGCAAUGUAUGGAAAUGACAUUAAUAUUAAAUAUUAAUAUCAAAACAGCCUCCAUUAUUCGCAAAUGGUGGAUAAACCUUGAAAAAUGAUAUAUGAGCGCGCCAAAUCACAGAGAUGCCGAUUCGCACUGGACUAAUAUUAUCACAGGACCUCGGUGUUCGUCAAAAUAUGCUAGGUAAUUUGUAGGGGAAUGAUUAUUUUACAAAUUACAGACAUGGCCGAUUCGCACGGGAUUAAGAUCACAGACAACCUCUG